AUGUGUAGUUCUACAAAUUGCGAUGAGUCAACGACAAUCAAACCUGAGAUGCGAGAGCGGCAGAUACAGGAGGGCUUGAUUGGACUCAUGAAGAGUUCCACUGGCCUGGAGAAUUCGAGGAUCAUUUUGGAGCAGGACCUCAGAGAACUAUGGACGCAAGACGGAAACGACGACUUCUACAAGACCAAAUCAUGGUACAGCGGCAACAUCAACAGCAAAUUUAUGUCUGAGAACUUCCUCAAGAUCUUGUCCAUCUUAGUUCUGCUGAACUUUCGGAACUGGGAGAGUUUCAAGACAAUGUUCAUCGAUACUGAGAGGCGUACCGACAAUGACCUUCCAUUCGACCGGAAAGAGCUGCAAGCGACUGAGUGGCUUGGUCCGAGAGAUGGUGAUGAGUUUUUCCAGAAGCAGUGGAUAUUCUGUCCCUUCGUAAUCAUCGAAAGGCAGAAGCCGUACGAUGAAACUGAGCUCCAAAUGGAGCGACGCAUGCCAUUCAUUCAGAAACGGCAACCGAUUGGUGAGGGUGCAUCAGCUGAAGUCUACAUGGAGGUGGUUGCUCCUUACUAUCUGGAGUACAAUCCAACUCCUACGAGGAAGGCUAUAAACAAAACAGCCAAGGCUGUUGCUUGCAAAGUUGUUCUCGACAAGAAUGUGGAUUCGAUAGAGUUCCAAAAUCUCGUCUCUCUCCGAAAAUGCCUCAGCAACCACUCGCGCAUCAUGGUCAAUAUUGCCACUUUCAUCCGACAAGAGUCUGCUGGGAAGAUACACCACAUCUUACAUCGACUCGAAAGUGCAGGGGUCGGAAGAAAUGGAUCCAGCGGCUAUUGGGCAGCAGAUCUGAUUCGGGAGAUCUAUACUCUGGCUGAUGCUCUCGAAUUUCUACAUGAAGGACUGUACGGGAGCAAUAAAAUGCGCUGCGCGCAUAACGACUUGAAGCCGGAGAAUAUCUUGAUCUUCUUUCCAGACUCCUCAGAUGCUGAGGAACAGUACCCAGUGGGCCAGUGGAAGAUCGCGGACUUUGGAAUCUCCAAAAUCCAACAGGGCAAGACGCGGACAUCACAGUCAAAGGCGAUCAUCGACAAUCACGCACCGCUCAAGGAGAAGAAUGAGUCUUUGAAAUGGAUUGGAGACUGCGUCAAUAUCAUCCAAAGCAUCCUCAGCCCCGCGGAAUCACGCCACCGGCCCGAAGCUAAGGUUAUUCGCGACGAGCUUCAAAAGGUCCACGAAGACAUGUUGAAUCAUAAGACCGAAAUUUGCUCUCCUCCCGACGGCCUUGGUAUCUCUAUUGUGGUUUCUUGGAGUCGAGAUAGGUCGCCUUCGACUGCCUCCAACUUAUCUCAGAGCCCGGAACUCAUUAACGCAUUGCCAGCCACGUCUCAAUAG